AUCGAAUUUUUUUUUAAAUUGAAAAUCAUAUGGAUCAAAACGAGCCACAGCCUAAAGAUAAUCCUUGGUCGGAUACAAAAUCGAUCGAUACUUCCGAUGCACAAAUCAAGAGAGAAACGAAACAGUGCGUUCAAGGUCUGCCCACGGUAUUAGCCAAUGAUAUUAUACUACAGAAUUUAUUGAAACCGACGGAUGGCCCUAAAAACCAGGACGAAUUAGGUCCAAAUAUUAUGCCAUUGCAACUUAAUUUUGGUGGUCAAGAAACGAAAGACGUUGAUGGAAAAAAAUUAGCCAUCAAAGAUGCUCCAAAUGGGAAAAAAGUUCAAUACGAUCCGGAAAAAGGAUUUGUAAUGAGUAGUUGGAGUAAUUUCGAAUUGGAACCACAAUCUGAACAGUUGGUAACCGAUCCCAAAGGAAUUUUCAUCAAACACAUCACGUCAACCGUUAUCAAUCCAAAUGAUUUAGGCAAAGGUUCUACAGGAGCAGCGAUCGAUAUGAAAAGUUUAACGGCAACUUCGCAUUGUCUAGCUAGUAAUGCAUGGUCAAAUGUUUUACUUUAUAAGCCAAAAGAGAUGAUUUUCAAGUAUGAUAUUGAACAGAAAAAAUUAGUUGCCGAAGAUGAUGCAAAUACUUCGUCUUCUAAGUAAAUGCAGAAAAUUUGUUAAACUUUUUGUGAUUUGAUUUUUACAAUUAAGAACUAAUUUUUUAAUUAAUGAUAA